AUGGCGGCAUUCCUCGUGGGGAGGCGGUGUGGUGGUGGUGACGGUGAGACGACGACGGUGGUGUCGUCCAUGGACGACAUGGAUAUAAGCUCGCACGCUGCUAAGCCGGCCGGGCCGGCCCCCUUCCUUACCAAGACCUUCCAGCUCGUGGACGAUCACCGCACCGACCACAUCGUGUCGUGGGGCGAGGACGGCGCCACCUUCGUGGUGUGGCAGCCGCCGGAGUUCGCCAGGGACCUCCUCCCCAACUACUUCAAGCACAACAACUUCUCCAGCUUCGUCAGGCAGCUCAACACCUAUGUGAGUGAUGAUACAUACAUAUUAGCCGCGCAUGCUCAGAUUGGUUUCAGGAAGAUCGUGGCAGACAGGUGUGAGUUCGCCAACGAGUUCUUCAGGAAGGGCGCUAAGCACCUCCUCUCGGAGAUCCACCGGAGGAAGUCUUCAUCGUGCUUGCAAUCGCCGCAGAAGCUGCAGCCGCCGCUCCCUCAGCACCAGCCUUACCUCAGCCUCUUCUUGCCGCCGCAGCCGCCUCGGCAUCCGUCGGGCUACCACGUCCAGGAGGAGGACCACGGCCGCAAGGACUUCCUGGCGACCCUGUCGGAGGACAACCGGGAGCUCCGGCGGCGCAACUCGCUGCUGUUGUCAGAGCUGGCGCACAUGAGGAGGCUCUACAACGACAUCAUAUACUUCCUGCAGAACAACGUGGAGCCGGUGUCACCACCGGUGGCGACGACGACCGCCAGCUGCAGGCUGGUGGAGCUCGGCUCUACCGACAGCGACACCUCGGCACCGACGUGGAGGCCACGCGGCGAUGAUGUGGCGCCGGUGAAGCUGUUUGGCGUGCGCCUGAACGACGGCAAGAAGAGAAGGGCACAGCAGGUCGUGCCGCUGGAAGAAAAAGGCGAUGAUGAGCAAGGUGAAAGCCUUGGCGAUGGUGAGCACAAUGGCCAUGGCGUUAGUGACGAUGAUCGGCGAAGUGAGACGUAG